GUGAACUGUAAGGCACUGUAAGAGCAAUACAAUAACAAUACAGUAAUACAGUGGAUGUGAUUGACAACAAUGUCUUCAUGUAUAGAGUGGUGACAACCGGACACGAGUCACACAAACCAUGUCUUUGUUAAGGAGUUCCCCCAACUAUAUCUGGAAUACCAAUUCAGUGCUGGGAAAGGGUGCUACCGGUGCUGUGUUUGCAGGUUGUGGUUGUGGUGCAGGUCUUCACAAGCAAACGGGGGAUUCAGUGGCAGUGAAGGCAUUCAACCACUUGAGUCAUAUGAGGCCCUAUGAGGUACAGAAGCGCGAGUUUGAUGUCCUCAGGAAAGUGAAUCACAUGAAUAUUGUUAGACUCCUGGCCAUCGAGGAAGAGAAUGAGAGUCACCAUAAGGUGCUGGUCAUGGAGUUGUGCACCGGAGGCAGUCUUUUCAACAUUUUGGACGAUCCCAUCAACUAUUAUGGACUCGAAGAGAGAGAAUUCCUCUUAGUUCUCAAGCAUUUAGCUGCUGGAAUGAAGCACUUGCGCGACCAGUCCAUCAUUCAUCGCGAUUUAAAACCCGGAAAUAUCAUGAAAUUCGUGUCCAAAGACCAGACCUCUAUCUAUAAACUAACUGAUUUUGGAGCGGCGCGUGAACUGGAAGAGGAUCAGCAGUUCAUGUCUUUGUACGGCACUGAGGAGUAUUUGCACCCGGAUAUGUAUGAGAGAGCAGUGCUUCGCAAGUCUGUCGGCAAGUCAUUCAAAGCGAAUGUAGACCUCUGGAGUAUAGGCGUCACGCUGUACCACAUCGCCACCGGUGUCCUCCCUUUCCGGCCUUUUGGUGGUCGCAAAAACAAAGACACGAUGUAUAAAAUAACCACUGGAAAGGCUUCGGGUAUCAUAUCGGGGGUCCAGUCCACAGAGAAUGGAGACAUCGAAUGGAGUCGAACUCUUCCCAAGUCUUGUUUACUGUCGAGUUCACUGCAACCAUUGGUUACUCAACUAUUGGCAGGUCUUUUAGAGUGCGAAGAGAACAGGAUGUGGUCUUUCGAUAAGUUCUUCAAAAGCUUAAUGAUUUGGAAUAAGCAACUGAUCUCUGAUGAGACACUUGUCGCAGAUAUCCUGACAUCUUCAGACUCUCCCAUUCUUUUGUUAAAUAAGGAAUCGACCAAAAUUAGAGCUACUUUUUCAUUAACUACUGUAAAGUUCCCAGAAUUGGUAAACACGGCGACUAAUUGUGAAACUGACGCUCAAUUGGCUAAAGUGUGCGCUGCGAUGGCCUAUUCUGUAUUACGAAAUAUUGAAAAGUCUGUUCUUAGCCAUCGAUUGGCUAACGAUACGCCUUCUUAUGUCAUUAAUGUCAAACUCUUAACGCACAAACAACAAACGUGUGAACACAUGCUCAGCUCAUUGAAGCAUCAGUUGGACUAUUUGGCAGAAAUGAAUCGCUAUUUAAAUCGCUUAAUUUCAAGCCUUCCUAUUGAUGUAGACUUUACUGUAGAUAAAGAGCCGGACCAACUGUUUGACAAAGUACUUCAAGACUGGAGCGAAUCGCAAAACUCUAACUCUACUCUGAGUCUAUCUUUCAAUGAGGAACAGUUGCAUCAGUUGGAAAAGGGCGCUCAGGUGACAAUUGUUCAAUCGGAAUGCCUAUUGAAUCUUAUUUCAGGAUCAUUUAUGACUGAUUGUGAUAAACUUGAAAGUAGUAUCAAAAAAGCUAAAGAGGAUCACAGAAAGAUAUGGCAAACAAUUCUCAAUAAAUUGAAUGUCACGCACGAGAAUGAUGUCUCGUAUACUAACCAUCAGACCUAUCAAACCACCAAUUUUGGAGCCAAUAUUAUAUCGAAAUUGUCUCCAAUUGUUGCCCAAGAACUGGAGAAUUUGAAAGAGUCGACCAAAGCUGUUAGGAUUGCAAUGGAAGAGAACAAGUCUUUAAUGGCUGAUUGCAGAUUUGUGUUGAUUGAGGCGAUUGCCCAACUUCCGAAAAUGCCUGCCAAAUUUUCGGAAGUCCAGCCGAUAAUAUCGUGUCAAAGGUCACGACAACGGGACGAUAGAAGGUUUGAUGACGACAGGAAUGGACUGGAAGCACCCGGAAAUAUACAGAACCCUCCAGUUGUUGACAACUCAUAUUUCGAUAGUUCUGGUAGUAGUCAACAACAGGUGACUAAUAAUCCUCAAAGAUUUGACUGGACUUCGAGACGAAGAGUCUCGCAAUCAAAUAGUGGUCGCGAUUCACAACAGCCCUCACAUGAGAGAACAGUGUAUCGGCGAACCAAUACAACCCGAAGUCCCGGUGCGCGUAACGGAACAAACGGCUCGUCAUUCCGUCGCCGCUAUGAAUCCCUUUAUAACACCAGUGAUGACUCGCAAAGCCCUUCCAGACAUUCAAUAUCUUCAUCCAUUGACGCACUAUUAGGCAAUCAGUCGAGUCCUGACUAUAGAGGGGGUAGUUAUACAUAUCAGACCCGUCGAUACAACACAAGUGUUGGGACAAGUCGUUCAGGUUCUGUAAACGGACAGCCAUUCCAGACACCAAUACUGUGGCAGAACAGAACGUGGCACUGGUCUACCAAUAGGACUCGUGAAUACGACCCUGAUUUAGACGGGACUACACUUCCGCCGCCAUAUCAAAUCGAUAGACACGAAGAAUGGGAUGGAACUGACAUUAUUAGAUACCCAACCGAUGACCGCCACCCUCUGGCCAUCUAUGGGUCGGGUCGUUGUGAUGAACUACAGGCCUGUUAUCCGGCGACAGGAAAUCUGCUGAUCGGUAGGGAAGAGAAACUGAUGUCGUCGUCAACAUGUGGUCUCCAGAAGAUGGAGAGUCAUUUGAAGGAGAAGAAGAAGUGCUUUUAUUGCGAUUCGAGACCACAAAACAAGAACAACCCUCGUCUCUAUCACGGCAUCGAAAACAUAGUGCAGAGGAUUGGUCGCAAGCGGAAGCAGACCUGGUGGCAGGCGGAGAACGGCGCCGAACACGUCUCCCUUGGCUUCGACUUGGAGGCCGAGUUCCACUUCACUCACCUCAUCAUCACAUUCAAGACGUUCCGUCCGUCAGCGAUGCUUAUCGAGAGAUCUCAUGACUUCGGCCGCACGUGGAAUAUAUAUCAGUACUUCGCAUACGAUUGUGUCGACUCUUUUCCAGGGGUUCCGGUGGGUCCGCGACAGAAGAUAAGUGAUGUGGUCUGUGAUUCACACUAUUCUGGUGUCGAGCCAUCGACUGAAGGAGAAGUUAUUUUCCGAGUGCUUCCGCCCAACAUCCGCAUCGAUGACCCCUACAGUCCCGAAGUGCAGAACUUAUUAAAGAUGACAAACUUAAGGAUCAAUUUCACAAAAUUGCAUAAUUUGGGCGACAAUUUGCUUGACUCCAGAGAUGAGAUUAAAGAAAAGUACUACUAUUCCAUCUAUGAUAUGGUGGUGAGGGGCAGCUGUUCCUGUUAUGGACACGCGAGCAGAUGUAUUGCAGACCCGGGACAAGAGACCAUUCCUGAUAUGGUGUACGGGCGCUGUGAGUGCACUCACCACACAAAAGGUCUUAAUUGCGAACAAUGCGAGGACUUCCACAACGACGUGCCCUGGAAACCGGCCAUUGGACGCCAGACCAACGCUUGCAAAAUCUGCAACUGCAACAGUCAUGCCAAGAGGUGUCACUUCGACCCGGCUGUAUACGAGGCCACCGGCAAAGUGAGUGGUGGUGUAUGUGACGAUUGUCAGCACAACACAAUGGGUCGCAAUUGUGAGCAAUGCAAGCCUUACUUCUAUCGUGAUCCGGGUCGUCGUAUUGAAGACCCCUAUGUUUGUCAGCCUUGUGAUUGCGAUCCGCGCGGGUCUCUGGACGACGCUCUGUGUGAUGAGCACACGGAUGUUGGGUCGGCACUGGAGGCCGGGAAGUGUCACUGCAAACGCAAUGUCGAAGGCCGUCGUUGUGACCGAUGUUUGCCCGGCUUCUGGAACUUUGUUGAGUCUAAUCCUGAUGGAUGUGAAGCAUGUACUUGCAAUACAUUGGGAACAGUAGGCAAUCUGGGCUGUAAUGUUCUCAAUGGCGACUGUGUCUGCAAACGCAAUGUCGUGGGACGGGAUUGCAAUCAAUGUGCUCCCGAUUACUAUGGACUUAAUGAUGAUGACGAAGGCUGUAAGGCAUGUGACUGCGAUCCGGGCGGUGCUUAUGACAAUAGCUGUGAUGUGAUGAGCGGACAAUGCAAAUGCAGACCUCACGUCACUGGAAGACGUUGUGAUACUCCCGACCAAAACUUUUUCGCUCCAUAUCUUGAUUACGUUAUAUACGAGGCAGAAGUGGCCAAAGUUUCGCCCGACGCUCAGGUGACGCCCCGUGAGCCACACGGCGACCGAAUGGUCACGUGGACAGGACUGGGCUUUGUUCGCGCCUUCCCGGGAACUAGACUUGAGUUCGAUGUGACAGAUAUUCCCGAAACUCUUGAUUACGAUAUAAUAGUGAGAUAUGAACCACAAUUGGCUGGAGUGUGGGAAGGGGUUCGAGUUGUCAUAGACAGCCCAUACCCCACAGACCCUCGCGGACCGUGCAAUAGGUCACUAAUCCAGGAGAACACACGGACCACUUCAUUACCAGCAACUGAACGCUAUGUCGUUGUCAGCAAUGUUUGUCUUGAAAGAGGAAAACAAUAUAAGAUUAAACUUGAAAUCAAUGAAUACGAUAGAAAUAUAGACAGAGAGAGCGCUUCCAUACUCAUCGAUUCGAGACAAGAGUUUGAAAGAUUCCGUUGCGGUUCUUCAUAUUAUUCAGUGACCAGAUCUCCAGAACCACCAGAGAUUUGUCGCAAAUACUUAUACAGCGUUGGUUUCUAUGUGUUUGGCGGCGCUUAUGGAUGUAAUUGUGAUCCGACUGGUUCUGUGAGCACUGUGUGUAAUAAUUUGGGCGGUCAGUGCCAGUGCAGGCCUAAUGUGUUUGGAAGGCAUUGCGACCGAUGUAGACCCGGAUACUAUGGAUUUAGUCCCGAAGGCUGCAAACCAUGUGACUGCCAUAGCGUGGGAUCACUGGAUAACUUUUGUGACACACAGUCAGGUCAGUGUAAGUGUCGCGCGGGAACAUACGGUCGCCAAUGCGAUGAAUGCCAACCGGGGUAUUGGAAUUACCCGAACUGCCAGCGCUGUGACUGCAGCGGACACACAGACUUAUGUGACUCGAAGACAGGCGUCUGUAUUAACUGUCGUGACUUCACAACCGGUUCGCGAUGUGAACGAUGCGAACGUGGAUACUAUGGCAGUCCAUUGAUGCUGAACGAGGCAUCGAUCCCUUGCAGGGCCUGUCCCUGUCCGGGAAUAGCAGGCAGUGGUAUGAGUCACGCGGAGUCGUGUGAUUUGGAUGGUCGGACCCAGAAUGUGAUCUGUCAUUGUAUGAGUGGUUAUAGCGGCGAACGUUGCGAUCGCUGUGAUAACAACUAUUUCGGCGAACCGGCCAUUCCUGGGGGUCAGUGCCGUCAGUGCCAGUGCAGCAAUAAUAUAGAUAUCGCACAACCGGGCAAUUGUGACGCUCGGACUGGCGACUGCUUGAGAUGUCUGUACAAUACUGCCGGUGCUCAUUGUGAAGUAUGCAAACCUGGUUUUUGGGGCGAAGCUGCCCAACAGCAAUGCAUUGAAUGUGUUUGCAAUCCAUUGGGAACCGAUCCCAACGCUGGUCCAUGCGAUCACACGACAGGUCAGUGUCCAUGUCUUCCCAACGUGUUGGGCAAGUCAUGCGACAGAUGUGCUGUCAAUCAUUGGAAGAUCGCUAGCGGAGAGGGCUGUGAUGCCUGUGAUUGCGACCCUCAGGGCUCCUAUAAUCUCAAAUGCAACGAAUUUGAUGGUCAGUGUCAUUGCAGGCCUGGACACGGAGGUCGCAAAUGCGAUGAAUGUCAGCCUAACUUUUGGGGUGACCCUAGGGUUCAGUGCUAUCAGUGUGAAUGCAAUCCGUCGGGUUCAUCGACUCUGCAGUGUUUGCGGAACAACGGCUCGUGUGUAUGCGUUGACGGCAUUUCUGGUCCGCGUUGUGACCGCUGCGCCCGUGGCUUCACCGGCAAAGCACCGCAUUGUGAUCCCUGUGGCGAGUGCUUCGACAACUGGGACCUAACCAUCAGUACAUUGAAGGAUCACACACUCAGACUUCUGGACUCUGCGAGACGUAUCAAACAGACGGGAACUACCGGUGCCUAUACUACAGAGUUUACGAAUAUAGACAAUAGUCUUAACGAAAUCGAGUCAAUACUCUCGGGUCAGAACAUAACAGAGUCCGACAUCACAACCAUCGAGGAAAUGAUCGAACAGUUGAGACGAAACUUAACCGAAACCCAGAAUAUUCUGACGGGAUUUGAGGGCCAAAUGGAUGGCAUAAACAAACGGAUAUUAGCGGCCAAUCUAGCGCUGUCUGAUUUGAGACGGAAGUCACAGGACCUGCAGUUCCAGGCGGACGCCCUCCGCGAGAACGCCACUAAACUGCAGGAGGCGAACGUCGAGGGGGCCUUCAAUAUUACCAGAGAUGCCCAGAGGAGGAGUCGUGCCUCCGAACAGCGCAUCCGUGAGACAAUGCCCACACUCUAUGAGUCCGAACGUAAGCGCAGGCAAACGGAACGACUUCUGGAUCAAGUGGCCGGUCGUUAUAACGCCUCAAUUGGUGAUAACGAGGCGUCACUCAACGAAAUAUCACGAAAGAUAUCACUACUGGAGGACAAGAUUCCCAAUAUUAAUGAAAUGGUGUGCGACGGACGCGGAAGCGUAACCACAUGUGACUCCCUAUGCGGUGGCGCCGGGUGUGGCAAAUGCGGGGGUUUGAGUUGCACUAAAGGGGCCGCAACUAAGGCCGACAAUGCCCUCGAGUUGGCCACCAAAGCAGACGGUGUGCUCAAAGACAAAGAGAAGACUGCGAGGAAUGAAUUGAAUGGUAUAUUAGAAGCCCGACAUAAAUCAGAAGAAGCUUUAAGAGAAGCAAAGGCGGCAUACGAUAGAGCCAUAGCAGCCAAGAACACCUCUGAAGAGACCACUCUUGAUGUGCAACAACUGCUUGACUCCAUCGAGACAUUUCUCGGAGAAGAGGCCUCACGGCCCGCAGAAAUACGAACAAUGGCUGAGGAAUGUCUGGCACUGGAAAUAUCUCUUAGACCAGAACAGAUACAGGAGUUAGCAAAACAAAUUAAUGAGACAAUUGCCGGACUCACUGACAUCACAAAGAUUUUGAUGGAAACGGCAGGAGAUUUGGCGAACGCUAAUCGUCUCAAAGACAGAGCCGACAGAGCGAAACAAAGAGCCGAUGGAAUCCUUGGUCAGGCAGAGGAGGUUCAAAAUGCACUAAAAGAAGCAAUUGAUGCACAAAGAAAGGCAGAGGCGGCCAUCGCUAAAGCCAACGGUGACAUCAAUAGCGCCACUGGAGAUUUGGGACAAAUCGAGAGCGAGACUCAGUCGGCGGCAAUGAAUGCAGAAAAGGCCGGUUCUGGUAUCAGUGAUCUCCAGAAGCGUUUGGAUGAGUUGAAGAAAAAGUUCUCAUUGAAUGAGAUCGAAAUGAGGAAAGCAGACAACGAGGCCAACAUUGCGGCCAAGAAUGCCGAAGAGGCGGGACAGGCGGCCCAAGAGUUAGAGCAGCGGUUCAAUGAGGCGUCGCGUAAACUGGAAGACAAAGCCAGAGCCAGUGGUGCUGUGAAAGAAAGGGCUGAAAACUUGAGGGAAAGGGCUAAGAAGUUGGCAGAAAACGCCAGCACUAAACUGGGGGUACUUCAGGAAAUGGAAGACGGAUUCCAUGAGAAUGAAAGGCGUCUGAAUGAGUCCCAGAAGAUAAUCGAUGAACUCAACAAAUCAAUGGGUCUUCACUUGAUUUACAUCGAGGAGAAGUCAACCUUUUAUCGCAAUUGUCAGGGAUGACAGCCAUCACAGCCUUACAGUGCAAUCGAUAACUUAAUGAAUGUAUAGUUUAUUACAAGUGUUUAACUGUUAUUAAAGAUAAACUCAAUUAAUGGUCUUUUGUAUUAAUAAUUUCUUUUAUUUAAUUAUUUGAAAUAAGUGCCAAAAAUAAGAC